CAGAGUACAGGCAGAGAUUAGCUUAGGACUGAGGAGAGUUUGCAGCAAGAGUAGAAUGGCGGUUCCUUAUCCUUCCCCGUCGGUGGUGUGCUCGCCCCCGUCACCGAAACCUUCUUGCGUUUCUCUGAAGACGACCGCAUUAUUGUGUGGAUGCGCAAUAGCAGCUCCACCACCGUCGGUUCGAGUGACUUCCCGUGGCAGUACCAGUCGGUCGUUCCAGAUUAGUUGCCAGGGCUCCGCCGUUGUGCCCAUAGAUCAACGGUGGAUGUUCGAAGGAGACGAAAUCAACGGCCCCGACAUUUGGAAUAAGACAUGGUAUCCUAAGGCCGCAGAUCAUAUAAACACGGAUAAAACAUGGUAUGUUGUAGAUGCAACUGACAAAAUUCUUGGAAGGCUAGCAUCAACUAUUGCCAUUUACAUUCGUGGAAAAAACUUGGCAACCUAUACUCCUAGUGUGGACAUGGGAGCAUUUGUCAUUGUGGUGAAUGCUGAAAAAGUUGCUGUAUCUGGUAAAAAGAGAUCCCAAAAGCUUUAUCGGAGGCAUUCAGGUAGACCAGGUGGCAUGAAAGUGGAAACAUUUGACCAGCUUCAGCAGAGAAUUCCAGAGAGGAUUAUUGAACAUGCAGUUCGUGGCAUGCUUCCUAAGGGGAGGCUUGGCAGGGCACUCUUCAACCACCUCAAGGUAUACAAGGGCCCAGACCAUCCGCAUGAGGCCCAGAAGCCCAUUGACUUGCCUAUAAAGGACAAGAGAAUGCAGAAGCAAAUGGAGAACUGACUUGAUGAAAUGUUCAUUUAGCUGUAAAUGGUUAUGCGGCCUUGUGGUCCAAGGGUACUCUUGGUUCCUCUCUUAUAUAUGCAAGUCACAGCAAGAACCCUACGGCGGUCUUUCCAAUUACCCCUCGUUCCAUUGUCGAAUUUCAUUCCUGGGUUCGGUUUGAUAUAAAGGAAAGGAAUGGCUAUUCUAGCCAGAAUCUGAUUUCUUUUCAAUGCAGGAAUGGUGUAAACUUCUUCA